AUGAAGGGCAGAGCGGGAUUGAAGAGGCAGACCCCAAGCCCGCCACCACCAGGACACGGGCCGAAUCUCCGUGGUCGCGGAGGUUUCUCUGCUUGCCAGUGCCGAAGCAGGUCGCCCUUGCAUUCUCCGGGCCUCUCGAUGAGAUCAGAAGCCCAGGAGGCCGACGUCGGCGGCUGUGGGAACCCGCUGUGCAAGAUGCAGGCCUGGGCCUGGUUCUUCCGCUUGGCCGCUCGGCCCCGGAAUGCAGUCGUGGCUGGCAGCGAAUGCCACCCAAAAGAAGCCGAGGCACCCCACUCCAGCACUGCUCCCAUCGGAGAAGACGCAGAGCUAGGGCCGGGACCAAGAGGGCUGAAGUCGCAGCAGGCGCCUUCCCGGUCGGAGGCCUGCGCGACAUCGGCACACCGAGGAGGAGCCUUUUUCGUCAUCGGCUCAGGCGACAUGCGGUGA